CUCAGUGGAGUAGCUGUUUGAUUGGGGUAAGGUCGGGGAGGUACGCUGCGGCUUCAGUUGCUAGAUUACAUAGUGCUCAUAAACCGGCAACUGACAUAUACACUGUGAGGAACAGAAACACACCAUCAUGGCUACGCUAGUAAAGAUCGAAAAGAGCACAUCGAAUGGAGGCAUCCACAUGGAAGAUGGCAAAAUCGCGAACGGUACCAAUGUGGUUGUCGUUGAGCCCACUGGCAGCUCAAAUAGCAAGGCAGCCAAGGUGAUGGGAUGUUUCCGGGCAAAUGCACUAGUACUACUCACAGUGCUGGGGGUUAUCAUCGGGGUUGUGAUCGGACUUUGCGUACGAAGCCUGGACCUUUCCCGUACACACAUGCUUUAUUUCUCCUUCCCGGGCGAGUUGCUCAUCAGACUUCUCAAAAUGAUCAUCAUUCCUUUGGUGGUGUGCAGCUUAGUGUCUGGUGCUGCUAGCCUCGAUCCUAAAGCUUUAGGCAAGCUAGGCGGGUGGGCAAUGCUCUUUUUCUUGGUCACCACUUUGAUUGCUUCAGCCAUUGGUGUGAUCAUGGCAUUUAUCAUACAACCAGGGGUAGGGGCUGGAGCGAAACCGGACCUGGGAGAUGAUGUCUCAGAUUUACCUCAGAACAAAGAAGUGGUGGAUUCCUUUUUGGAUUUGAUCAGGAAUAUCUUUCCUGCCAAUCUGGUGUCUGCUGCUUUUGUGUCGUAUGCCACUAGCUACAAGUUUGUUACUAUUAAGAAGAAUGUCACGGAUGAGUUUGGAAACUGGAAUCGAACAAUUACUGUGGAAAAGGUCCCAUUUGGUGUUGAUGUUGACGGGAUGAACAUUCUGGGACUGGUUGUCUUUGCCAUUGUUUUUGGAAUUGCCUUGCGAAAACUUGGCUCAGAUGGCGAAAACCUUAUAAAGUUUUUCAACUCAUUUAAUGAAGCCACAAUGGUGCUAGUGUCAUGGAUUAUGUGGUAUGCCCCUUUUGGUAUUAUGUUUCUUGUUGCUGGGAAGAUUGUUGAGAUGGAGGAUGUUGUAAUGCUGUUUACCAGCUUGGGAAAGUACAUCUGCUGCUGCAUUGUAGGGCACAUCAUCCAUGGCCUGAUUGUCCUGCCCCUCCUAUACCUUAUAUUCACCAGGAAGAACCCUUACAAAUUUCUGUGGGGCAUUUUCACUGCCCUAGUCACUGCCUUUGGAACUGCAUCCAGCUCUGCUACUCUGCCACUGAUGAUGAAGUGUGUUGAAGAGAAAAAUGGUGUUUCAAAACACAUUAGCAGGUUCAUUCUACCAAUUGGUGCUACCGUGAAUAUGGAUGGAGCUGCGCUUUUCCAGUGUGUUGCUGCUGUCUUCAUUGCACAGCUUAAUGACUUUUCUCUCAACUUCAUCCAAGUGAUCACUAUUCUGGUUACAGCUACAGCAUCAAGUGUUGGUGCAGCUGGGAUCCCAGCCGGUGGUGUCCUUACUCUUGCCAUUAUCCUUGAAGCUGUCGGACUCCCAACAAAUGAUAUCUCACUCAUCCUAGCUGUUGACUGGCUUGUAGACCGCACUUGUACUGUUCUCAACGUAGAAGGUGAUGCUUUUGGUGCCGGGCUGCUACAGCAUUAUACUGACAGACUUGAAAAGAAAGAGCCAGUGGAAGAACUCAAUGAAAUUAAAACGGAACCAGCUGCUGCUACCAAGGAACCCGAAGAAGAAGGCACUCCACUUAUCAAAAAAGACCUCAAAGUCACUUUGGAAGGCCUCCCUUCUUGUGAGAAGGAGUCUGUUAUGUAACUGUUUAUUUAUUUAUUUAUUAGUGAUGUACAGAUGUUUAUAUUAAUUUGGACAAUAGACUUGAAAAUGCCUGUUUGGCUUUAUUUCUAAACACACAGGAUGUUUAAAAAGAAGCUCAUGGACAGUCAAAGCAAAAGCAAAUGAGCUUAAAUAUUGCACAGUUUCAACACCUCCAUGUUUUACCUUCUAGUUAUUCCAAAUUGAAGUGGUCAAUUAUUGUGUCAGAGUGCUGUUAUGCCCUAGUUCUCUUUCAUCAGUGCAAAUUGAAGCACUUGUGCUGUACCUAGAAUAGUAUAAGAAGACUGAAAUAUGUUACCCCAUGAUUCUUCCUGGCCUGUGCAAGAGGCUAUGUUUAAGCAAAUUCUUCCUGGUGAUAAGACUGAGCUGCAUUCUUCCUGGUGAUGAGACUGAGCUUCGGAGUACUUUGCAUUAUGCUCACAUAGCAUGUAGGGAGAAGAUGGUUCCAGAGGGUACUUCAUUCAAGUUUACGCUUGGAGUUAGUGUGGAAAGAACUGUAAAGGAAAAUCAGGAAGGGAGUGAAAAAUGCAAACUGUUCAGUUUUCAGAAAUUAUCUUUCAGUGUUAUUUUCAUUUGAGUGACUAUCAAGUGCUGGAUCUUGGUGGAUUCUAAUAUUGUACGGACAACACUGCCUGGUUGCAACAACUAAGCUGAGAUGGUCAUUUACAAUUCAUUCUUGUUUAGUAUGUGUCAUCAGUUUUCCUAUCAUUUGGAUUUGACAUGGGAAGCGAGGAAACUUGGCACAUUAGCCAGACAGAGGAUUCAGCAACUGAAACCACAGAAAACAGGUCCCCUUUCCCACAGCUGUAGGCUUUUGUGAUGCCGACUUGUGACACUAAUGAAUAGUGAUGUGAUCUGAUUUUAUGUGAAGAAAUAUUGUGCCUUGUUUUACAUCAUAAUCAAUGUUACAGCAUUGCACAGUUAUUUUAAGAUGUGGAGGUUGUAAUUUUAUGAUGUGUGGUCCUUCUAAAUAUUCCAUAUGUAAAUGGCUGUUUUUGAAGCAACGGUGUUUUAGAUGUAACUUUGUUAGUAGGGACCUAUUGUCACAUUAUUAUGGUGUCGUGUAAAAUUCCUACUUGUGGUGAUCUUGCAUCUGAUUCUGCACUACAUUCGCAGUUCUGCAGGAUACAGGUAAAUACUUAGGUCGGUUAUCUACAGUGGUAGUGUGUCAUCAAAAUCAAUACUGUUUGUCUUUUGUGCAUGUUGUAGAAGGACUGACAACAACACAGCUCUGAUAUUAAUGACCUCUGUACUUUGUAAUUGUAAUAAGAAAUAGAUAUAUUUUUUAUAAAAACCGGUUAUGUUCUUUUGUGUUUAAUACUGGAAAAACAUUGCCAAAUUUGACUUAGUUGUAAAAGGACCAGCUAAAAAUAAAACAAAAUGUACCUUGUA